UCUCGUCCUCACAAGCUGCGCCGAGCGAGAGGCGCGACGAGGAGAGGACGAGAGAGGUGAGCAGCAAUGGCUGGCGUCGGCUGCCACUUCCUCCUCCCGCCGCCGCUCCACUCCAGACGCCGCCACGCCGCUCGCGGUGCCGACGCCGGCCGCGGCGCCGCCCACAGCCCUGCGGCCAAAGUGCGAUCCCAUGUCAGCUGUUGCUCGAGACACGACGGUGCAGAGGAAUGCGCAAGCAAGCCAUCAACCAACGGCAAGGAGGAAGAAGAAACCAAUGCUUCCAGACGAAAAUGUCUUGCUUGCCUAUGUGCUGUGACACUAAUCAGUGCAUCAGGUCCAACAAUGCUUACACCAAAUGGACUCGCCUCGGAUAUGAUGAACAAACCUGCAGUAUGCCGGAAUUGCAACGGUAGCGGUGCUGUGUUAUGUGACAUGUGUGGUGGCACUGGAAAAUGGAAGGCCCUCAACCGAAAGAGAGCAAAAGAUGUCUACUUGUUUACGGAGUGCCCAAAUUGCUACGGUCGCGGGAAAUUGGUCUGCCCUGUUUGUCUAGGAACCGGGCUGCCGAACAACAAGGGGCUUCUCCGGCGGCCGGACGCCAAGAAGCUGCUCGACAAGAUGUACAAUGGCAAGAUACUGCCAGACUAGUAGAUCGUUCCAUCAUAUCCAGAUAUAGGAUUUGGUAUGAGAGAUACACGUUAGUCAGUCCCGGAAAUUUCUCCUGUAAUGUUAAAUGUAGAUUCCACGCUAGUAAUUACAUUUUUAACAAAUUUAUCGUGAGAGCACUGUUCUGAUUAUAAAGCUUACCAGAUACCAGUUUA